ACAAGGUCUAGGUGUGCCGCCUUAUCGCUGUCUUCUUCAACUUUCUGAAUCCGCACCCUGCUCGCCGACCAUCGACAGUCCUCCGCCGCGACCCAGUCGCUUCAACAUGUCUACCGUUGCGCAUGCAUUUUAGAGGGUGGUCUCGAUCCGAAGCAGCACUCACGAUGGGACCACCCUCAACCGUACCCCGUCUCUGCCAGCCUCGAGUUGAGUAUUUGUUAAAGAUUCAGCAGUUUGCAUCCCCGUCAGCACCUUCGCCGCACAGUACUGCAACAUGGCACGACGAGGCCCGGCCAAGCCUGCGCGUCCCAAGGCCUCAGCAUCCAGGCCGCUACCAACCUCCCGACCAACGCCAGCACCCGCCUUGAUCGCAUCCACUCCGACUCCGCCCCCGCCGGCCGACACCUCUGCGCCUUCCGAGGGCGACAUCAGCAAGCAUUUCGUCCGGAUUGGGGGCGCAGACGACCUCUCACUCGAAGGCCUCCGCAUCAGCGACUCGGACAAGCAGCUGGAGUCCAAAAAGGGCAAGCUGCCACAGAAACCGUUCCGGUUCCUUGAUCUCCCGGCGGAGCUGCGGGUCAAGGUUUACGGCUUCUACUUUGCCGAGACGCUCAAAGGCAAGGCGCUCGAUCUGGAGCCCGGCAACUACAAGCGCAUCCACACCAGGCUGGGAACGAUUCUGCGGACGUGCCGGAUCGUGUACGAAGAAGUGUUCCACUUCUUCUUCAGCGCGCACGUGUUCCGGCUUUUCCCUACACACUACGGCGGUCGGUUCUUCAAGACCAAGAAGCCGCUGCUGGCGCGCAUGGCGCCACGGCAACGGGCGUGCAUCACAACCCUGGAGCUGCGCGUCGGCCCCGGCUGGAGCAAGCCGCCGCGCGGUUGGGUGGUAAACCCGGCGUUGGGCCUGCGCGACUGCGUGGCGGUGCGCCGGCUCAAGGUUUUUGUCGAGUUCGACCCGGGGCACCCGGUAUUCUCCGAGUGGCGCCACUCGGACGGUUUCUACGAGGGAUUCUGCCGCAGUCUGCUGGACGGCGUCUUAAACGACACGCCAGCGCUGGACGUGGUCGAGUUCGACUCGUUCCCCAGCAUCAAGCUGUCGGGGGACAUGAUGCAGGGUCUGCUCAGCACGGCGCUGGCGCACGGAAAGCAGAUCGCCUUUGGCCCUGCGCGCGGCUGGAAGAGCAUCCACGACGACGCUGACGAGCCGUACGUCGACGUGGCUGAGUCGGAGUUGCAGAGCAUUGCGGCUGUGGCGGCCAUUUCCUGACGAUGACAGUUUCCUGUGUUUACUGUAUGAUGAAUUGUACGAGGGAUGACGGCUUGGCUUGGAUCUCGCAACUCGAUGGCGUAGCGUGGAAUUCUCUCCUCAGUUUUCAGUUCAACGGCGUCAGACGCCGAGGCCCAGAAUUAGACUCGCUUUGGCACGCACG